CAUUUCAUGGAAUGUAAAGAUUUCAACUGUGCCAUUUCUUUUUUUGCUUCAAUCCAACAGAUAUUGUGCUGUUCCUGCCUUGGCCACCCGGGGGCAGUAGAAAACAGAUUUAAGGAAGCAGUCAUAAUUUCUCCCAGUACUAAUUAGAUCUUCACAGAGGAUAAAGAAUGUCUGGACAACCCACCCGCUAAAUAUUUUAUUGUGGAGUGACAACCCACCAACCCGCGCCACAGCUGGACGACACACGGGGAACACUGUUUGGACCCGUCAGAAAGAAGACCCUGUUUGGACGUGGAAGAACUUUUGAGAGAUCCAAGAACAACUGAAAAGUCUUUCAUGUGAAAUUUGGUGGAAAUAUAAGACGGCGCACCAAAAAGUCUCAAGGACCCUUGCCUGUAAAUAAUCGCUAAGUCAGCCAUUUUGGCUUGAAGCAAUCAUAUAUAUUUUUAGGAAUUUCUAAAAAUUAGCCCCUGACACCUCUUUCACCAAAACGUUAACAGGUCUAUUGUGAUAGGACCCACAAAAAAAUCUCAAGGACCCUUGCCUGGAAUUGAACAGGAAGUCAGCCAUGUUGGGCAAACUCCAGGCCUCUGGCAAAUUCCAUCUCGGAAAAUCUCAGUUUAAGUAUUUUGAUGGUUAAAAUGGAGCCGCGAGGGCUCAUUCUUUGCAGCCAUUGUUGUUCUUGCGUCGUUUAAGAGUGGCAGGACUAUUUAUGAAGAGUGUACCAGUGUUUAUUGCCGCACAUGUUUAACAUCCUCAUGCGGACCCCUAAUGAUAUUUUUCCAUGAGGUCAAUGACAAACAUCCUUUGAGGGACUGAUGAUUUUUUAUCAGAGGAGAUGCGCGUGGUUGGUAGAUAAUGGCGAGGCCAAUCAUUUUUUGGAGCUUAUUAUGCUUUUUGCUGUUAGCCUAAUGAGCUUAAGUAGCAGAACCACAUAAGGAAAAAUACCCAAAAUGUCACUCCGGGGAUGGACCUCCUACAAAGCUCGAUAGUCCAAAACGUGGUUGGAAUGCUGAUGUGCAACCUCACGCUGUUCCAUUUAAGACCUCUAGGUGUUUUUUUGGGAGUGUUUUUGACUUGUUCUCUGACCUUCAGGGCUCGAGAGUGGAUGUCGUCAUCCGAGAGCACCAGAACCACUUGCGGCUGGUCCCGACCGGUGGAAGUGGAUCCAGCAGCCGACCGCAGUGAGCGUCCUCCGGGCGGCAUUCCCGGAGGAUCCUGCUUGCGCGUGUGCUCGGCGUGUCUCAAAUGACUGGGUGCGCGAGGUAUAUAAGAGACUUUGAUAUUUUUAUAAUGGCGACGUCCAUAAUGAUGCGUUUGGCGGGCCCGCAGGCUCAAGUGGCCUCCUGAUGGCAGGAAGCGCAAGAAGCAAUUACUUGCCUUUGCAAAACUUGUCCUCGAGGUGCUUCCUUUUUCUUUUUUUCUUUUUUUUUUUUUAUGGCAUGUAAAAAAAAAAGUUUUCAGUUUUCAUGUGACAACUUAAGAACCAUAAUUAAUCCCGACUUUAAUUAAAAAUGGCCACCCCCCCAAAAAUUAAACUAAAAUCAAUUUUUUUUUACCACAUCCCGACAUUUAUUUGCCGCUGAUCCUCUUUUGAAGCUGCCAUCUUUCUGUUUCCUGAAUUUGACGUUGUGGCCCGGUUCUUAAGACUCUCAACUCCUCCAGGAUUCCCUGCCAGCCUCGCUGUCUCGCGGCUGCGCCUGCGCACGCGUGCACAAACACGCGCGUGCGUGCGCACUCACGCUUGCGUCACAGGCGCUCUGGAGCGGACGAGGGCGGGGCCGAACCCUCCCGGGGAGGCGAUCCUCUGAGGUGAUCCCCCGGUUUAUAAAGCGCUCCAGUUGCCGAGCGCAGCCCGAGCGGUGCGUCACGGUCACGGAUCCCCCCCCACCCCCACCCACCCAUCCACAAUCACUCCCACCCACCCUUUUGGAUUCCCCACUUGAGCCGAAAAGGUUUUUUCGAAACGAAGGCAAACUGCAACUUUCUUGCUUCUAUGGAUCACGAACCGAGCAAGUUUGGAUCCGAAGCUACACUUUGAUGUCACUUUAUGAUUUUGGGCUUCAAAAAGGAAAUGAUGAAAUCUGCAGAAGAGGACACAUACGGCUACACGCCCAAUGUCAGCCUCUCCCUCUCGCUGGGCAACCCUUGCCUCACCCCGCAGUACCUGAGCCUCCAGACCAGCCCCGUCAUCUCGAUCUCUGAGGCCCACGUCUUUGACGGCCAGGACGACCUGAGCGCCGCCGGCUACUACCCGGUCCGCCCGAACGGGGCGCCCGCCUUGGAGAGCCCCCGCAUCGAGAUCACCGCCUACGGUCAGUUCCCUGAGGACGAGGUAGAGCAGGACAGGCUCCCCGUGACCAAGCGGGUCAACUCCGUGGUUACGUUGACCCUCCCCAGCGGCGAAGGCUACCGGGAUCCCAGCUGCCUCAGUCCGGCCAGCAGCGUCUCGUCCCGCAGUUGCCAAUCGGAAGCUUCGUCCUACGAGUCGAGCUUCUCGUACAACUACGACCAAUCGCCGCAAAACUCCCCCUGGCAAUCGCCUACGGUGUCCCCCAAGGGUUCCACCCUGGCCCUGCCCAGCAGUUCACCGCGCCACUCCCCGUCCACGUCGCCCAGCAACGGCGUGACGGAUGACCCCUUUAUCGGCCGGGGUGGCUCUCGGCCUAACUCCCCUUGUGGUGCCAAGAGGAAGUACAGCUUCAACGGUGGCGGCACGGCGCACAAGCACUACCAGCACACGCCCAACCACUCCCCGGGGCCAUCGCCCCAAACCUCACCCCGCCUCAGCGUCACAGAGGAGUCCUGGCUUGCCAACACCAACCAAUACACCAACUCCGCCAUCUUGGCGGCUAUCAAUGCCCUGAGCACGGACGGCGUGGCUGACCUGGUGGAAGGCAUCCCCAUGAAAGCCCGUCGGACCAGCCUCGACCACAGCCCCACCGUCAGCCUCAAGCUGGAGCCCGGCGGCGAAGAGCUGCUCCCCGGGGAGCUCUGUCGUGACGAACACCUCUCCAACCGCCUGAAAAAGGAGGCGUACUGCGGAGGUUUUCUUGACGUGCCUCAGCACCAGUACUCCUGGUCCAAGCCCAAGCAGUUUGUCAGCCCAUCUCUGCCGGCCUUGGACUGGCAAUUGCCCUCCAGCUCCGGACCGUACAGCCUUCAGAUCGAAGUGCAGCCCAAGUCCCACCACCGGGCCCACUAUGAGACUGAAGGCAGCAGGGGGGCAGUGAAGGCUCUGGGCGGAGGACACCCCAUUGUACAGCUGCACGGCUACGUGUCCAAGGAGCCGCUGACGUUGCAGCUAUUCAUCGGCACGGCGGACGAACGCCUGCUACGGCCGCACGCCUUCUACCAGGUGCACCGCAUCACCGGCAAGACCGUGUCCACGCCCAGCCACGAGGCCGUCUGCAACAACAACACCAAAGUUCUCGAGAUCCCUCUCCUGCCCGACAACAACAUGCGAGCCAUGAUCGACUGCGCCGGGAUUCUGAAACUGCGCAAUUCGGACAUCGAGCUGCGUAAGGGCGAGACUGACAUCGGCCGCAAGAACACACGUGUGCGGAUGGUGUUCCGGGUCCACAUUGGACAGGCCGGCGGCAGGACAGUCUCCCUUCAGGCUGCCUCCAACCCAAUCGAGUGCUCCCAGAGGUCGGCCCAAGAGCUGCCCCUGGUAGACAAGCAGAACCUGGAGACCAGCGCUGCCCCCGGAGGCCAAACCAUGAAAUUGGAUGGGCACAACUUCCAGGCUGACUCUAAGGUGGUGUUUGUGGAGAAGGCUCAAGACGGGCAUCACAUAUGGGAGACCGAAGCCAAAGUGGACCGAGAUGCCUCCAAGCAUAACACACUCCUGGUGGAAAUCCCGCCUUACCGCAACCAGCAUCUCUCCACGCCGGCGCAUGUCAACUUUUACGUCUGCAACGGCAAGCGGAAACGGAGUCAGUACCAGCGCUUCACUUACGUGCCUUCCACAGUGCCGACCAUCAAAAGCGAGCCCCGGGACGACUACGACGCCCCUCUGCUGCGGCCCGGCCUCUCGAGGCACCCCAAGACCUACUUCCCGCCUCAGCUGACGUACGGCCAGCAAAGAUCGGCGGCCGAGCCUAACUCGGGCUCCUCGCCGAGCACCAGCCCCAAACUCCACGACUUGUCGCCGCCUCGGCUGCCUCCGCCUUUCCCCGUGCCCCACGUCUCCAUCAUCCAAGAGACCCCCGGCCGCUUUCAGCCGCCGUCCCAGCCGUCCACGCCCGAGGCGCCGUUCUCCCCCGGUGGCAGCCCUGCCAAAGGGCCGGAGAGCCCCCGGACGUUGGGCGUCAACAUCAAGCAGGAGCCGCAGGAGCUGGACCAGAUGUACCUUGAUGAUGUCAACGAGAUCAUCAGGAACGACCUGUCCAGCAUCUCGGUCCACAGCCACGCAUAGGACCAUCAAUCCAAAUGACAUUUAGUCCCUUUCAAUUAAAAAAAAAAAAAAAAAAAGGACCAAACAU